GCUCUUCCGACCACUUGGGCCUUCGAGUCCCGCCAACUCCUCGCUUCAUUCCACGUCUCGGAAUUUCCCGAGCUCGUCCUCGCCCAAUUUACGCCAACUAGCUUACACGAUCUCCAAUGACACUAAAAUCUUCAUAUGUGACAUUCCAGCCAACAUCCUUACUAGCAUUGGACUUGAAGCGCAGCCUAGUACCAAUAAAUCUGAUUCACGCCAUGCUGGUCUGCUCAACGUAUGUGGACCCGCCCUUUCCUUCAUCUGCACCGCACUUUUAUUCAUUACAGUCCGAUGCAACACCUCGUCCCGCGCGUCAUAAACCAGUGAUAAUACCUGCCAUGUCUCCCAUCCCCCGACCUUUGCCUGCCAAGGAUCCACAUGCUCGCCUCCGCUUUCUACGCAAGCUCUUUUCUCGUACAGACGCGGGUCGCAUCGAUGAGCCUUAUCUCCUGGAUUUCCCUGCUACAUCGCCUCUACCUUGUCCACUUCCAAAGCACGACGAGAAUUCUCGACGCACACCAGCACCACCCACCACCCAAUCCUCUGUCAUCAAUACUUCCCCGACCUUCAGAUCAAAUCGACUAUCAAGCUGUUUGUUUUUGCGUCUAGUUAUCGGGCAUCUUGUUCGACGUUACUGUAAUUGCUGCUCGUUGUAUGUGUUGUCCUCCCUACACUCAUGUCGAAUUCAUGGUCGCUAUUGCCCCCUGAAGCGCUUGAGAUAUGAUCACAGUGCCAAUGGUCGAUUCUGUCCAGACUCCAGUGUCUACGGCGCUCCGAGAUAUUGUCCCUGCGUUUCUAUCUGUCAUGAGCAUUUACUAUCCAGACUCCAGAGCCUUUUAACCUCCGACAUAGCUGGCCUCCGCUGAAGGGACUUCAUCGUGUUGAGUCAAUUGUGGGUCCGCGCCUUGUUGCAAUAGUUCACCUCGCAUUGUGACAUCUGUUGAGGCGCGCUCUCAAGAUUUUACAGAGAAAAUGUGUUGACAUCUCUGAUAUUGAUGCUUCUCAAGUUUUUCUUCGGGAGGGACGGGCGAUGAUGUCACAAAUUGUUUCAACUCACCUACUCGCUCGUUCAUUAGAUAUUCCAGCUCGCGCGUACAUGAGAGGAGCGUGUGUAUUAUAACCAACAAAUCACCAAAUUACCAUGAUGAUGAUGAUGAU